CGCGGACCGAGCUGACACCUUGCCACGGGAAGAGUGACCUCUUGGUCUGUUUUCACCAUGGAGGACUCAGGAAAGACUUUCGGCUCUGAGGAGGAAGAAGCUAACUACUGGAAAGAUCUGGCUAUGACCUACAAGCAGAGGGCAGAGAAUACGCAGGAGGAGCUCCGAGAAUUCCAGGAGGGAAGCCGCGAAUACGAAGCUGAAUUGGAGACACAGCUGCAACAGAUCGAAACCAGGAACAGGGACCUCCUGUCGGAAAAUAACCGCCUUCGCUUGGAGCUGGAAACCAUCAAGGAGAAGUUUGAAACACAGCACUCGGAAGGCUACCGGCAGAUCUCGGCCUUGGAGGAUGACCUUGCCCAGACCAAAGCAAUUAAGGAUCAACUGCAGAAGUACAUCCGAGAGCUGGAGCAAGCAAACAAUGACUUGGAAAGAGCAAAACAGGCCACAAUUAUGUCUCUGGAAGAUUUUGAGCAGCGUUUGAAUCAAGCCAUUGAAAGAAAUGCCUUCCUGGAGAGCGAACUGGAUGAGAAGGAGAAUCUCCUAGAAUCUGUUCAGCAGCUGAAGGAUGAAGCCAGAGAUUUGCGGCAGGAGUUGGCUGUGCAGCAGAAGCAGGAAAAGCCCAGGACCCCCAUGCCCAGCUCGGUGGAGGCUGAAAGGACAGAUACAGGAGUGCAGGCCACUGGGUCCGUGCCAUCCACACCCAUAGCUCAUCGGGGACCCAGCGCUAACUUAAACACACCAGGGACGUUCAGACGUGGUCUGGACGACUCCACGGGUGGGACCCCCCUCACUCCUGCAGCGCGGAUAUUGGCCCUCAACAUCGUGGGAGACCUGCUUCGGAAAGUAGGGGCCCUGGAGUCCAAACUUGCAUCCUGCGGGAACUUCGUGUAUGAUCAGUCCCCAAACCGUACGAGUGGCCCCGGCUCGGGGCGGGGAAGCAAGCACAGAGAUGGCGGUGAGAGACAGCCAAGCAGCGCUGGCUUGCCUCUGGGUGACAAAGGGUUGGGAAAACGCCUGGAAUUUGGGAAGCCGCCUUCGAAUAUUUCCGCACCGUCGCUGCCAUCAGCCCAGGGCGUAGUCAAGAUGUUGCUUUAGGAAAUCCACGGAAGCUGAAGCCCCAUUGUGUCUGUGCGGGAGUCCUACCUUUCUUCCCCUCUUUAAACUAGGUUUCUGUGUUUUUAAGUUAGAGAAAUAGGAGCAGUCACAUUAGCCAAUGAGGCUAUCGCCUGUGGCCCCUGGUGGUUGGCCCAGGGAAAUGUUGUGUCAUGAUCCCUAUCCUGCUUGCUGGUGUGGACAGGGACAAACGGGACCCUCUGGAAAGGGCUCGAAGGUGCAGAUGCCGAGGCUACCCCAUCAUUGUGAGCUGACCUGAGUCCUGAAUGGUUCUGAGAUGUGUUUUUAAUGUCUGGAGAUGCCUUAAAAGUGGGAUGUGAGCCCACCUCACUCAGGCUGUCUUCCAGAACAAAAUCUCCCAGGGCUCUGUGGCACAGGGAGGGUCUGGGUAAUGAAAUCAUGUCUAGGAGAGAGGAGUAGAACAGGCACGUGCCUUUUUGAGAAGAAACUACGGUCUUGUGUACCUCUGGCACUUUUUAAUCUGCCUCUCACUGAGGCAUUGAGCUUGUGUUUCAGAGGAGAUCUUGUGUGGACCAGGUCAGUGGAAAGUCUGUGUCCUUUUUAGAUCGAUCCUGAUGGUUGGUCUUCCUUGAACUUCUGCCCUGGCCUGAGGGUGACCUCCGCUUGAGGACCCUGACGGUCUACGGGGUGGCAUGGCCUUGGGAAUGCAGCCCCUAAGAGCAGGACAUCAUUCAAAGUUUUGAUAAAAUAAUCAGGGUGACCUCCAAAUAAGCUUAAACCACAAGAUUGUUGUUGGAAUCU